ACGAAACAACGUGAUAGAAAGAAUAGGAAAAAAGCAAUUCGAACAAUUCGAAGCAGCAGCUGGACAAUAGAAAAAACAAAAUAGCAUCUAAUUCGGGGAAAAAUUUAUAAAGUUCAUGCUGCUGCUUAAAUUGCAUUCGUGUGUGUGCAAAAAAGUUUAAAUUGUUGAUUACUAAUAGACGUCGUAACCCGCCAUGGAUUUGCUGAAUUCAAUACUCAAUUCAAUGGAUAAACCUCCCGCAGCCACAGAGCAACAGAAAAAAUUGAUCAAAAAACAAAAAGAACUUGCUGAACGAAUAAAAAACAAACACAAAGAGGAACUAAAUCGAUUUCGUAAAUAUGUGGAGGAUCGCAUUGAACGUUUUGCAAAGGACGAUCGCCCGCACAUUGAAUUUCAACCGCUGGACAAGGUGCAUCGUGCCAUUAUACAUGAGGUAGCCGAAUUCGGUGGUUUUAUUGCAAUGAGUUUUGGCCGCGAGGAUAUCGAUCGCCAUUCAGUAGUUUAUAAAAAAGAAAACGCACCAUCGGAGGAUGAAAUAGCUGCACGACGCAAUGGUGACGGGUGGAAUGAAGAAGUCGCCAAAGAGUAUGCUGAAAAGCGAAAGCAGCAACGUGAACUGGAAAGUGAACAAAAAAGACUGGCACGUGCUUCCACCCAACCAACACCCACCACUGAGUCUGACAUUAAACCAACGAGCAACUAUAAAGACAAAUAUGCUCAUCUCAUUGGGCAAGAAGCAGCACUGGAAGCUGCGCGCAAAACAGAGACUAACCUGAGUUAUGGUUUUGUUCCCAGCAAAAAUAAAAAGGAUAUGCGAUCAAUCGAACAAACCUUAGCCGAUAUUCAGGCAAAGAAAAAACGCAAACUAGAACAGCAACAACAGAUUGACAAACCUGAUCUGCAACAUCAUCCACAAGACGUUGUCAAUCAAGAACAAAAUUCCUCAAGCACGUAUCAAAGACCAGAAGAACCUAAAAUUGCAGGAAGCAGCGUUAAUUUUGAGGUUCAGUGAUAAUCCAAGCGAACAAAUACAAUGUAAUUGAACUAAUAAGAUACGCUUGAAAUAACGACUGCUUUGUGUCUUUGCAUCAAUUUGCAAUAAAUUGCAAUAUUUUUACUAUUUACGUGAUCACAACUGAAUUGUUAACUAUUUGAAAUGAUGUUGAGUAAAACCAUAUAAAUACAUUAUAUUGAAAACUUAAUAACGAAUUAUAAUUACAUCUAUGUAGGCAUAAGUAAGAGAGUAGUGUAUAUGUAAGUGGCAACUAUUGUUAUUGUUGUUAAAACAGUAUAAAAUAUUUCUCAUUGUUGUCUGGUGCUGAUGUUAUAGUCCUUCGCAGUUUAUAAAUCUGAGUCGUUUCGAUACCGUAGAACACAAUGUAGGCCCCAGCGAAACGGAUUCAGAGGAGUUGCACCAAUGAAGAGUUGUUGGAGAAGUCGAUUGGAGUUGGUUUAUGAAGAGGUGGUGGGAUCACGUCGGAUUCUACGCGGUGGACUGUGCGACAAAAAAAAUUUGUUUUAUAGAAAUAUUUUCUCAAUUUUAUAUGAUUUUUUAUAGCAGUAUUCAUAGAAAUCUUUAUUUGUUCAGAUAUAUCCAAAAACUACUUUUUAUUUCUUGCCCGUAAGAGAUGAUAAUUAAUGCUUAAAACGAAAUUGAUGCUUUACAAUUACAUUACAAUCACACUGGCAUUCCUCAGUUCAUAGCGAAGGAAUUGAUUACUUUGUCAAAUAUUUGUCAGAAAUAAUUUCAAAAGCAACUUUUUUUUCAAUAAGGAAUGUAAUAAUUUCAAUAGUCUAUUUUUUCAAUUCCAUUACAAGGAACUUGUUAUAUAUGUGCUAGUAAUGUUUUUUUUCCAAGUGCUUUGAAAGAAAUUGAAAUAAUAAUAUUUUUCACGAAAUUCCAACAUCAGUCAAAAAUUUAUUUUAUAAUUAUUUAUAAGGUUAAAUUAUUAUAUAAAAUUAAUAAUUAUUUAUUUAUUAAUAAUUUAUUUAUUAAUAAUGUAUUUAUUAUUUAUUUAUUAAUAAUGUAUUUAUUAUUUAUUAGUAAUAACUCUUUUCGAUUACUUUUUAAAUUACUUGAAGAAUCGUAAAUGAAAUUGAAAGCAAAAAAUAUAUUUUUCAGUUCCAUUCAGCGGAGUUAAAAAAAAUUAUUACAUUCUCAAUUCCUUUCAAAGUACUUGGAAUAAAAAUACAUUACUAGCCAAUACUUAAUUCCAAAUACAAAAUGCCGAUCCUUGAAGUAUCAGUAUGCUGAAUAUUUUAAAACAAUGCUGCUUGAGUGACAGUACUUUCUACACGACUGGCGAGCGAACCAGUCAAAUUGCUGAUAUGUCAUGUCAAGAGUAUACAUAUGUAUGUAGAAUAAUAUUAAAAAAUAAAUAAAAAGUAAAAGUAAUAUAACGUUA